AUGUCUUCUUCCCACCCCGGCUGGACCGCCUAUGAAUACUACCCCUCGAUGGGCGCUGCAGUAGUAUUCGUAAUCUGCUUUGCAAUUGUCACUUUAAUGCACACAUAUCAUUUGUUCCGCACGAGAACAUGGUUCUUCAUCCCGCUCGUGAUCGGUGGAUACUUCGAGCUAGUUGGAUAUAUCGGCCGCGCCAUGUCAUCGAAGGAAUCACCCGAUUGGACCAUCGGACCCUAUGUUAUGCAGAGCACGUUGCUGCUUGUUGCCCCGGCGCUGUUCGCAGCCAGUAUCUACAUGGAAUUGGGUCGGAUCAUUGUUAUGAUAUUCGUCGCGGGUGAUGUGUUGAGUUUCUUGAUGCAGGCUUCUGGUGCGGGAAUCAUGGUCACCGGCACAAGCUCCGCCGACCCGUCAUCCUCCGCAAGCACCGGUCAGAACGUUAUCAUCGGCGGCCUCAUCGUGCAAAUUGUCUUCUUCGGCUUCUUCCUGAUCAGUGCCGUCAUCUUCCAGCGGCGCAUGGGCUCUCACUCCGGAGCUCGUGCGGUAGCGGACGAGUACCCAUGGCGCAAGCAUAUGUGGGCGUUGCACUCGUCCAGUAUCCUCAUUCUCAUUCGGUCAAUCGUUCGUGUUGUCGAGUACGUCCAGGGCACACAUGGUUAUCUCAUGGAGCAUGAGGUUUUCAUUUAUGUAUUUGAUGGAUUGUUGAUGUUUGCCAUGAUGGUCAUUUUCGUGAUCAUCCACCCUAGUGAAGUGAACUAUCUUCUGGGGGGGGAAGAGUCGUAA